AUUUGUUUGAGUAAAAUGGGAGGCGGAUCUUCUGAAUUACCAGCACCACCACCAGCACUAUUAGAAUUUGACCAGCCAUGGAGGGAAAUGCACUGGGACAACAAAGACACUUUAGAACAGAGACUGAGGAGGUUCAGGCUCAGUCGUUCAGAUGUUCCGUAUAUCAGGAUCCUGAUUGUUGGACCAGUUGGAGCAGGAAAAUCCAGCUUCAUCAUCUCAAUCAACAAUGCUUUUCAAGGACGAAUCACCAGCGGUGCUCUUGUUGCUACAACAGCUGGAACAAGUUUUACAAAGGAAUAUGAAACUCAUUAUAUUGAAGGUGAGGACGGUUCUGAUUUACCUUUUAUAUUUAAUGACAUUAUGGGACUUGAGGAUGAAGAAGGAAGAGGAGCACACCAACAGGACCUGGUAUCAGCCCUAAAAAACUUGGUUGAGGAGGGACACAAAAAAUUCCUCAAGUGCUCAUUAUUACUAAACCAGAUCACGCCUGUCCACUGGUUAAAAAUGACAUUAGAAAGAUCUACACCAGCAAGAAGAUCAAAGAAAAGCUCGGAUGUUCUUCAUCUUUGUUUCUUUCUCCAGAUGCAGGAGUGCAGUAAUCUGGUGGGUAUUCCAAUGAAUCACAUCUUCCCUGUGAAGAACUACCACGAGGAGAUGGACACAAAAAAUGACAUGGAUGUUCUGAUCCUCAAAGCACUCGAUCAGAUUGUGCACAUCGCCAACGAUGCACAGAAGAGAAGAGCCCGCAGUAAUAAACCUGAGUGA